CGUAUCCUAAUAGCCAAGUGCUAACAACUUCUUUGUUCGUCGCCAUCGACGACCACCAAGCCUGAAUCGUGCGACAAUUAGCACGGGCUCGCAAUCGCGACCAUGCUGCCCAAGGUCGCUAACCACAUCUUCCUACACACUUCUCGUGCAGUAGCCGCCGUCCAGAACCAGACAGGUCAUACCCUCCGUAACGUACUCCAGCUUCAGUCAUCUGCACCAAGCGCGCCUACAACAUGGACUGGCGCUGGCAGCUCAAGUUGGGGCAGUAAUGGUGCUGGCCCGGGUGGCGCAAAGUUCAAUGCAGGUAGUCGGUUCUAUAACGGGUAUACGGGAGCCGGUCGUGCUGUGACACAGGCAAAUGCGUCUACAUCACACGACGGAAACAAUGGACAGAAUGACGAUUCUGAUGAAAUUGUUCCCAAGCGCGUCGACCCCCGCUCUUCCAAGCGCCAGAUUACCCGUCGGCGCGGUCUCUCUCUUGGCGCGCUCAGCGAGCACGAGCACAGCCAGGCGGAGUCUUUGAGUGUCUUGCAUACGGUCCAACAACACGUUCGCACCAAACACACGUUUGCUCCGUCCGAAGCGCGUGAUGAGCUCCCCUCUGAGUCUUCACGACCUCCCCUCACACGGCGCAACUCUACAGCUACACAGAGCGCAUCCGGUUCCAUUGAUGAUUUACCCCCACCCCCGGUUGCUACAGCAUCUGGCAAAUCCAUGUCCACCGAUCCCGCUGCCCCACAGUCUGUCACAGACCCAGCCGCAGACGAUGAGAGUGGCAAUUCCGAAAUGUAUGAAUCUCUUCGUCGGGCAGCGCGGUCUGGUGAUGGUGCCAGUGUUAUUCGCGAGGUUCACGUCCUCCGCACAACACACAAAAACCCCAUUGUUGCGGAGUUCAACAUGGCUCUAGCUGGUCUCCACGAAACUCGUCGUUCUGGUGAACCCCUCACACUCUUGCUCGAGACAUACAAUGAUAUGGUUCAACGUUCCCUUACUCCCAAUGUUCGCACCUACAUCUCUCUUAUUCUCGCUCUCACCGAGCGCGAUUACGAGGUCCACAAGUCUAUUGGAGGUCUUGAUGGUCGCGUCAAGCGCCGCAAGCUUCUCGGUCGCCAGGAGGUCGCCAUGGAUGAAGCAGAUGAGAAGCGCAUCGAGCAGCUCAAGGAGGAGGAUAACUUUGGCUCUGCGAUGACUAUGUUUGAGGCAGCGUUGGCCAUUGGCGCACGCAACAAAAUCCCCCUCUCGGUCUAUAACAAUCUUCUCCGCUCGUGUGCAUACCAAGCUAAUGUGGACGCUGCCAUUCGCGUCUUUGCGCAGCUGGAAUCACGCACUGACUUCCUCCCUGGCCCUCAAGUUUUCUUGAAUUUGCUCUCUGUAUACGCCAAUGCAAAUGACCUGCAGGGCGCUAAGGAGGUCUUUCAGGAGUUCAGGGAAGCCGGCAAGGCAGGCCGUGUCAGAGGACUUGAUUUUUCUGCUGCGCCUGAAGCUGCUGUAGCAAGCUCGGUUACGCGGGGACAACUUCUUGUCUGGAAUAAGAUGAUCGAAGCUUACUUCCGUGGUGGCCAGCCCGCAGGCGCUCUUCGCCUCCUGGAAACCAUGAUGGACAGCAACGCUAACCCCGGUGAACCCUCACCGGAAGUCCCUUCGCCCUCCUCGUCUACGUUCUCGUCCAUCAUUGCCGGUUUCUGCUACUCGGGAGACGUCUCAAGUGCUCUGUCUUGGUUUGACCGCCUGCUACAGCAGGGUGAAGCAGCACGUCACCCACAUGAGUCUUCCCUUGUACCCCCUCGUCCUGAUCAACUUGCAUGGAUUGUGAUGCUUGACUUCCUCGCUCAGGAGGGCAUGAUCGCAGAUCUUAAUCGGCUCUAUGACAUUCUUGUUGAGUGUGCCCCUCGUGACGGCCUCGAAGUGCGCCGUAUAGACCACAUCCUUAUUCUCGAAGCCAAUGUCAAGCUCCUAUCCGAUACAAUCAACAAGUCCGGAUCUAAGAAGAACCUGCCGGCUUUUGGGGAGGUGCUCAGGAUUGUCCGACUAGCGAACAGUGUAAAUGCCCCUCUGAGCAAAGAGUUGGCAGCACUUUACCUACACUCCUACAUGUCGACCUCCAACCGCGGUGAUAUGUCGCAAUUCGGGAUCGGCCUCCGUGACCAUGAGGCGCUCUUGUCCAGUGCCCUCGCCGUUCUUUCAGCAGAGGCCGAUAUGGAGCAGAUCAUCCCGAUCAAAAACUACGCGUACAAGGGCCUCAUCCCCCUUCUCAGCGCACUUUCGAAGCAAAAUUUCCAGUUAUCCAAAAUGAAAGCCAGCCUCAUCUCCAAUCUUUCGGAUGCGCUGUACGCUGGCCACUCGAAGGAGGAGCUGAAUGAAUUCUUUGGAAAAGUGUCAUCCAGCUUCCGUACCGUACUCGAGAAGCCCAGCGAGUCGCGCGACGUGUCACCUAACCCUGUGAUGCAGAUGUACCCUCCCAUCAAGGAUGUCGUCGUCGAUGGUACACUCAGCCGCUACGUCGAUGAAUGGUUCCCAUCGCACCCGACCGUGACAAUCCAUGAAGCCUAUCGCCGCCUCCAAGAGGGAAUUGCUACUAGCAAAUACGUUCACCCCUCUACUCUCGGGCGGCUCAUCAACGGCUUUGGCCGUGUCGGUGAUCUCGAGAAGGUCCACAGCCUGUACGAUAUUGCGCAGAUCGUACUGUACUCGAUCGAUAACAAGCAGUGGCAGUCUCAGGCGUGGUUCCAAAUUGAAGACCAGAUGAUCAUCGCAUCCGCGCAUGCCGGAGAUAUGGAAGCUGCGUUCCAGCACAGAGAUCGCAUCACAUCCAAUGGCGGAAUUCCUUCUCCUGACGCAUACGGCUCGCUCAUAGAGUGUGUCAAGGACACUACGGACGACACUUCGAACGCCAUGUCUCUUUUCAGCGAAGCGCAGAUGCUCGGCUGCACACCCAACGUUUACCUCUACAACACGAUCAUCUCCAAGUUGGCUAAAGCGCGCAAGGCUGAUUUCGCACUCGAGCUGUUCCAGCAGAUGAAGGCUACUCCCGGUGUACGCCCAUCUUCGAUCACGUAUGGCGCUGUUAUUGCCGCCUGCGCACGUGUCGGUGAUGCUCAAUCUGCUGAGCAGUUGUUCUUGGAGAUGUCUUCCCAGCCCAACUUCAAGCCUCGCAUCCCGCCGUACAACAUGAUGAUGCAACUGUACACGCAGACCAAGCCUGAUCGUGAGAGGGUGCUCCACUAUUACGAUCAGCUUCUUCUUGCUGGUGUCAAGCCUUCUGCUCACACGUACAAGUUGCUCAUCGAUGCAUAUGGAACUAUUGAGCCUGUUGACGUCGACGCUAUGGAAGGAGUGUUCAAACUCCUGCGAAAGAACCGUUCUGUGGUGCUCCAGGGCAGCCAUUGGGCCGCUCUUAUCAACGCCUACGGUUGCGUGAAGAAGGAUUUGGACAAGGCGAUCAGUACAUUCGACUCUAUCCCAGCACCUGAUGCUGUCGCCUAUGAAUCUCUCAUCAAUGUCCUCGUGACCAACAAGCAGAUGGCUCUUGCACCUGGUUACAUGGAGAAGCUGAAGUUAUCUGGGGUACAUAUGACGGCGUACAUCGCCAACCUCCUCAUCAAGGGUUAUGCUGCCAUCGGCAAUAUUGAAGAAGCUCGACGAAUAUUUGAGAGCUUGGUGGAUCCCCCCAGCGGUGUUGCAGCGUCGGGCAACCAUGUUCCUCAUGAAGGCUCCAAUCAGCCUGUAUUCUCAUCCCCAUCCCCAUCCCCAUCGUACCGCGAGCCAUCGACGUGGGAGGCUAUGUUCCGCGCAGAGCUCGGUAAUGGUUAUCGCGACAAGGCGGUCGCACUGCUAGCACGACUGCAGGAAAGACAAUUCCCUGCCGCAGUAUGCAAUCGGAUACGAGGAAUCAUGAUCGAUGAUUCCGUCUCACCAUGGGCGGCAUCGCCUUGAUCACACUAAUAUGAAGACAUGUCCAUUGCUUAUCACGGAUCCGGCAACACUGGCUAACCAGCAGAAGGCGCGAUAUUUUUCUAGACGCCAAGAUUGGACUAUAAAAGUAUUUGCUCACUAAUUAUUCAUUUAUUCAUUGCGACACUACCAUCAUGCAUGACGCUUUUGUACGAUAUUGUCUAUAUACAUAUGUAUCAUAUCUCCGAGACAAACCGCAAUGAACCGUUUUCAAGUUACGCUGCACACAGGUUGUUCGACUGAUGAACAGAAGCCGUAGUCUUACAAUACAU